AUGCAGCUCUCUGUUGGUAAUCAAGAAGAAGAGGGAGAGACAGAAAGAACAGAAGAGACAGAGACAGAAAAGGAGACAAACGGCGACACCGAAAUAAAUAAAAAAACAAAUAAAAAUACAGACAAAGACACAGAGUCUCCACACUCAGAUUGCGAGGAGACAGUUGAUGAUGCAGAGAAGAGACAGUCUCCUGCUGAGGGGCAGCGGCUGCCGCUGCUGGGGCGUCUAGACAGCACAGCUCACAUGGGGGGAGAGAAGCAGCAGCAGCAGCAGCAGCAGCAGCAGCAGCAGCAGCAGAAGCAGAAGCAAGAGAAGCAGAUAGAAGCAGCAGGAGACGCACAGUCUCCAUUGUCUAGUGAUACAGAGAGCGAUGGCUCAGAUGCAUGCAGCCCCCGCAGCAGCAGCAGCAGCAGCAGCAGCAGCAGCAGCAGCAGCAACAGCAGCAACAGCACUUCUUCUUCUUCUCGUGCUGCAGCAAGAAGCAGCAACAGCAGCAAAGAAGAGACAGAAAGAAAGGAGACAAAGGAGACAGAUGCAGCAGCAGCAGCAGCAGCAUCUCCUUUAUCUAUAGAAGAGACAUCCUUAACAUCAUCAUCAGCAGCAGCAGCAACAGCAGCAGCAACAGCAGCAGCAGCAGCAGCAGCAACAGCAGCAGCAGCAGCAGCAGGAGAGAACGACGACGAGCGAGAGUCUGCUUCUUCUUGCUGCUCCAGCUCCUCCUCCUCCUCAUCAUCAUCAGCAACAGAAGCAGCAGCAACAGCAGCAACAGCAGCAACAGCAGCAGCAGCAGCAGCAGCAGCAGACAUGCAGCAAAGACUAGAACACCCACACCCCUCAUCACCUGAAGGCUGCGGCAGCACUGCUGUUGUUGUUAUUAUUGUGCGGGGAGACAAACCAAAGCUCAUCGUUGCCAAUGCAGGAGACUCCAGAGCCGUCAUCAGCAGAGGAGGAAUUGAAGCAGUGGAGUUUAUAAGAGCUCAUUUAGCGGCAUCAACAAAAACAAGAGGAGAAGCAUUAAGAGAUGCAUGCGCUGCUCUUUGUGAUAGCUGUCUUUCUCCUGAUCCUAUUAAAUCAGAAGGGCAUGGUUGCGACAACAUGACGGUGGUAGCAGUUGACUUAUCUCGGGAUUUGCUGCAGAAAGGAGACAGUUGCUGCAGCAGCAGCAGCAGCAGCAGCAGCAGCAGCAGCAGCAGCAGCAGCAGCAAGAUAGUUCUUUAUGGGGGGGGAGAGGACCUCUAUCUAGGGCAGGAAGAAGCAGAAUAUGAUGAUGACGAUGAAUGA